AUGGCUAAUGAACGUUCAAAAGAUGAUUCCUCUGAAAAAUUAUUUUCUGAUAAACCUCUUCAAGUUAUUGAAAAACUUGGAUUUAGUUAUUAUGAAUUAAAUAAUAAAUUUAUUAAUUUAUUAGAAGAGAAUCAAAGGAUUAAACAACAAUGUAAAAAUCUUGAAGAAAAAAAUCAAGAAAAUUUACGUUUAAAUUCAGAAUUAAAUGAAAAAAAUCAAGAAAUUUCACGUACAAAUUUAAAUAUAAUCGAAGAAAAUAAAGAAGUUUCACGAAUUAAUUCUGAAUUAAAAGAAAAACUUGAAGAAAAGGAAAAAAAAUUUGAAGAAUUUCAACAACAUGUUUCAAAUUUGGAAAAUCAAAGGAAUGAAGAAUUACAACAAUUACAAAAACUUGAAAUGAUGUCUCAAAAUUUAGAUAAAAAUUUAGGGAUAUUAAAAUUAGAAGAAAUUGAUGAGAAUAUUAUUAAAACUUUUAAAGAAAAUAAUGAAGAUUUCUUUGCAAACUUUUCAAACAAAGAUCCAGAUGAAUCACUACCUUAUCCUAAUAUUAAAGUCGUCGUUGGGUUAGACUUUGGAUUAACUUAUUCCGGAUUCUCUUAUUGCCAUGUUGCUAAUAAACAAAAUAUAUGUUCAAAUGAAAUAUGGCCUAGGGGAAUUAGCCAGUUUAAAACAAAUACAGUUCUUCAAUAUGAUUAUGAAUAUAAUAAUGUGUUACUUUGGGGUGCUCCAGCUUUAGCCAGUAGACCAAAUCGUCGAAUCGAAAGAAAUAAGCCUGUCGAAUUAUUCAAAUUAUGGUUGGGCAACCUAGAUGAACAUUUAAAACCGCAUCUUCCAGUUGAUUAUAAAAAGGCUAUUACUGACUAUCUUAGAGAAAUUGGAAAGGUCAUUAAAGAUAAAAUUGCAACCCAUUGGAGUGUUAAUUUUUUUGAAAAUGUUCUAUUAGUUCUUUCUGUUCCUGCAGAAUAUUCAGAAAAAGAUAAAGGUAUUAUGAGAGAAUGUGCUUAUAAUGCAGGUCUCAUUAAUGAUUUUAAUUCGAAAAAUCUACAAUUUACCACGGAACCUGAAGCUGCAGCAAUUUAUUGUAUGGAAAAUAAAUUAAAUGAAUUACAAGAGGAUGACAUAGGAAUGACUUUUAUGGUUGUUGAUUGUGGUGGUGGUACUGUUGACUUAACUACUCGCAAGUUAGUUGGAAUUAAUCCAUUACAAUUAGGCGAAGUUAAAGAACGUAUUAGAGAUUUCUGUGGAAGUACAUUUGUAGAUAAGAUGUUUAUUGAUUUUUUACUACCUUUUACAGGAGAUAAUAGAGAAUUUAAUUAUGAACUAGAUAUUGAAGAGUAUGCUCCAGCUUUAUUGCAAUAUGUCGAUGAAGAAAUCAGGGAAAUGAUGGAAGAAAAUGGAUGGAUGAUUAAUAUUAAAUAUAAUGACAUAAAGUUAAUGUUUGAUCCUAUAAUUGAAAGUAUUCUCCACUUGAUACGUAAGCAACUUGAUGUUAUUCAAGAAACUUGUUCAAAAAUGUUCUUAGUUGGAGGUUUUUGUGAAAACAAAUAUUUACAAAAUAGAAUUAAAAAGGAAUUUCAAGAUACCGUAAAACUUAUUGAGGUUUCCGCUCAACCUAUUGCAGCAAUUUCACGUGAGGCUGUAGUUUAUGGGUCGAAUAUUUUAGAAUAUAAGGAGAGUGAUAAAGAGAGUGGUAUUUUUUCAAUUGUUCUUAAAUAUACUUAUGGAGUUAAAUUGUGCUUCGAUUGGAAAGAAGAUAUUGACUCCUCUUAUAGUAAAACUACAGAUGGAAAAAAUUUUAAAUUUAAUCCUUUGGUGAAGAGAGGGACGAAAGUAGAAGUUGAUCAAGAAUUUAGCUUAGAUCAUCAUAAUCUCCCUCUUUCAUGCCAAAAAGUAUAUAAUUUUCAAUUAUAUAGAACUCCUGAAUAUAAUGCAGAAUAUUGUGAUGCACCUGGAAUGGAAUUAGUAGGGACUAUGCAAAUUGACCUUCCCGAAGUUCAUUUAGGUUUCGAUAGGCCACUUUCCUUUGGAAUUUCUUUUGGUCAUCAAAUGGAAAUUACUGCAUUUGCGAGGAAUUUAUUAAUUGGACAAACAUAUGUAACUACAUUUGGUCCAAAUGAUGUUUAAAAGUUACCAUUCAAUGUUAUUAUAUUUAAAAUUAUUGUAAUUUAUACGAUUGAUAAAUUCCAUUACUUAUAAUCUUAAUGUAUAUACUAGUUGUUUAAUAAUAUAGUUUAAAAGAACUUUAAUAAAAG